CCAAAGAACGAAACAAAAAAAAUCCUUCGUUGAGAAGCAAGAAGGUCUUUGUAAUCUUCUUCGUUUUUUGUCUGCUCCGUUCCGACGACGCUUUGCGAUCGAUCUUCAGUGAUCAAUCGUUAACCAGCUAUCGAUCAUGUCGAUGCUCGAUUCGUUCUUCAAUAAGGGCUUUAAAGCUGCAAAAUGCAAAACCUUGCUCAAGUUAACGAUACCUCGGAUUAAGCUAAUCCGGAAUCGAAGAGAAGCUCAGAUUAAGCAAAUGCGCCGUGAAAUCGCUAAGCUUCUCGAGACUGGUCAAGAAGCCACUGCUCGAAUUCGAGUUGAGCAUAUUAUAAGGGAAGAGAAGAUGAUGGCUGCUCAAGAAAUCCUUGAGCUCUUCUGUGAGCUAAUAGCUGUUCGUCUUCCAAUUAUCGAGGCUCAAAGGGAAUGUCCUCUUGAUCUAAAAGAAGCGAUAUCAAGUGUUUGUUUUGCUGCGCCGAGGUGCUCUGACUUGACGGAGCUGCAGCAGGUUCAGAUACUAUUUGUUUCCAAGUAUGGAAAGGAGUUUGUUGCAGCUGCAUCUGAGCUCAAGCCGGAUUCUGGUGUCAAUCGUAAGUUAGUGGAGUUGCUUUCUGUGCGUGCACCUUCCCCAGAGACUAAACUGAAACUUCUCAAGGAAAUUGCAGAAGAACAUGAGCUUGAUUGGGACCCUGCUUCUACGGAAACUGGUCUCUUUAAAUCGCAUGAAGAUCUCCUUGAUGGACCAAAGCAAUUUGGUGGGGGCUCUAAGCUGCCAUUACAGGAGGAAAAAGAUGAAAGGUCACGUUUGACCAUGUUAUCUUUCUCACGUCCAAAGGAACAAUCAGAUUCUGACUCGGACUAUGAAAAAUUGGACUUUCCCGAGGUUCCAAAUGUCUUGCUGCGGCCGACUCCUGGUGCAGGUGCUACCCCAGAAAAUGCACCGGUGGCAGCAAAAUCUGCCAGUCAUGAACAUAACUUUCCCGACUUGCCCUCUGAGUCAGAGAAUGCAAGAGAUGAAAAACCGGCCUCUAAGAGAGAUGAACAUCCUGCUAAAGCAACCAGCACUGUUGUGGAGGGCCAACAAUCUUCACCCUUUGUUUCUUCACAGUAUGUGACAGAAUCUGACUCCGAGAAACGGAACAGUUAUUCUCCACCAUCUGUUGAUGUACUAGGACCCUUAUCUACAAAAGAGAGUGGUGCUUCGAGAGAUGCUUCAAGGAAAAUUACCGAUGUGGACUUGCAGGAUGUCCUAACGGCUGCACAAGCCGCUGCUGACUCAGCGGAACGUGCAGCAGCAGCUGCUCGUUCAGCUGCAAGUCUUGCACAACUCAGAAUCACUGAGCUUACCAAGAAGACGCCUGAUCAGUCUCCAGAAAGUCCGAAUGAGAACCCUUUCCAUUCAAACCCAUCAGAGACAGUGGAAAAACCGCAAUUUGAUCAUCAGAAUUCUUCGGCAAGCAGCUACGGAGAUCUUACAGACUUCCAAAUGACAGGGACUUCAUCACUUUUUAGCCAUGAGCGGAACAACCACCAAGCAGAGAGACGCCCUUCAAUGGAGAAACCACAGUUUGAUCAUCAGAAUUCUUCGGUCAGCAGCUAUGGAGAUCUUACAGACUUCCAAAUGGCUGAAACUUCAUCACUUUUCAGCCAUGAGAGGAACAAUCACCAAGCAGAGAGACUCCCUUCAAUGAAAAAACCGCAGUUUGAUCAUCAGAACUCAUCAGUUAGCAGCUAUGGCGAUCUUACAGAGCUGCAAAGACCAGAGACCUCAUCAUUUGACAGACUCAGCCCUGAACAUGACCACCAGCAAAUGAGACUGCCUUCCAUGGAAGAUGAUCCCUAUUACUCAUACCCUAAUCUGUUCACAUCGCAGAAUCCUGAUCGCUCACCUGGCUCUCGUUCAAUCUCAGACAAUACAAAACCUGCCCAUGAUUCUUGAGUCUUACCUGCAAAUGUUAUAUAACGCAAGCUUGGUGUUUUUCAGUGUGUUUCAUUUCUGCUGUUCCUUAUCUUGUGGAACAAAGAGCUCAAAUCGUUUAUUGAACAGCCUUUUUCUUCCUCUUUAUUCAGUGGAAGAUAUGUGUAAUGUAUAGAACUUGGUGUGAUUGAUUAAUGUUCAAAUAAAGGCCUUUGUUUGCUCAAGAAA